CCUUCUCUCUCCCUCUGGGAUCAGUGUUCGGCUGAGCCGCGUCGGCAUCGACAACGCUUUGGUGGAGGCAGGUUGCGGCUCGUUCGAUUCGUUUUCAUGCGAUCACCCUGUGAAGCGAGGGGAAACAAAGUGGUUUCCCCCUCCUCACGCUCCUCCCUCUCUGUCCAUCCCGCGUGCUGCAGUGUCUCAUGCGUGCAACCCAACGCCACUUUGCUCAGAGUGAUGGAGGUGCGCACAAAGACUCGAGCCUAAAGGAGGGCGCGACCGAGGAGCAUCUGCCCAUGAGCAGCGAGGGAUGGGGGAUGCACUGCCGCGACUCCCCGAAGUUCACCGAGUACCUCAGGCUGGCGAGGGACUCCGGCUGGCAGGACCUCGUCAGCGAGGCCGCCUUGACAGUGGGAGCGGAGGACUGCCUGGUGGUCGUUGACAUGCAGAACGACUUCAUCCCCGCCGACGACGUGAAGAAUCCGAGGGGGGGCGCUUUCGCCGUCGCGGAGGGCGAGGUCAUAGUCCCCAUGGUGGUCAGGCUGAUGGAGCACUUCGCAGCGAGCGGUGCCCUCGUGGUGGCCACGAGGGACUACCACCCGAGGGACCACUGUUCCUUCAUCUCGGAGGGCGGCCACUUCCCGGCGCACUGCGUGCAAGGCACGGAGGGCUCGCACUUCUAUCCCGACAUUGCAGCCUGCAUGGCCGAUCUGAAGACCGUCGGGCGCCGUGCAGAGGUGGUGUUCAAAGGCUUCCACGAGGACAUCGACUCCUUCGGUUCUUUCAAGUACCCCGAGCAGAGCCACACCUGGCAGCGUCUCAACUUCAACGAGAGGCCCGACCGUCUCUACGGCUGUUCGCUGUGCUCCUGGACCGGAUGCGUGUCGCUCAAGUGCUCGAAUCAUGACAACGAUAUAAAUGCCCCUCCGGAUGUGCUGGCGGCCCAUGCCAGAGUGGACCUGGCCGAGAUGCUCAAAGCACAGGGCACGAAGCGCGUCUUCGCUUGUGGCCUCGCCAUGGACUUCUGCGUUCUCGACACCUGUCUGAAUGCUCUGCAGUGCCUCCCCAGCGUCUCGGAGGUCUCUCUGCUCCUGGACGCCGCGCGGGCCGCCUACCUGCCUGGCAUCGGCCAGGUGGGCAGCGGCUUCCUAACAGACUUGAAGGAAAUGGCUGGCAAGCUCCGCAGCAGCAAGGUCGUCGUCAGGCCAAGCUCGGCGGUGCUCCCACGAAGCUUCUCUGCAGAGUUGCCGUCGCUCCUGCGCCACGAGAUGAUCGGCAAGGUCUUCCCUGAACACUUGGGCCCCUUCGCCCUCAUCCCAGCAUCGGACCUGAAGCUGACCUUGAACUGGAAGACGCAGACGUACGCGGCCACUCAAGAUUCGCCCGCGGUGGACGUGGGGGCUUUGCGAGCCAACAACGUCGAGCCGUCAGGCAGCAUCUCAGGGAUCCACAAGCUGACGCUCAGCCCCGAGAGCCUGGAGGCGAUGGGCGUCCCCAGGAACGCGACCCACUUUGCGUGGGCCUACUCGGUGGAGCUCGGCACCUUCGUCGACCAGGCCCGCGCCUACUUCUCCAUCACCACGCCGGCGGCGGCCUUCUUCGUCUUCGGCGGCUUCGUGUACGUGGACGCGGCCCGGGAGGUGGUGGCCGUGAUGUGCCUGUCGCUGGGCAGCGGCCUGAGCUUCGGGGCGCGCGAGGGGCUCGGCCUUGGGGCCUGCGCGGCGCUCCGGGGCCGCUGGCAGCCGGUGACGGCGCCCUUCAUGAUGCGGAAGGGGGCGCGGAAGUACGCCUGGAUCGGGCCCAAGGAGGUGCUCGCGGAGGCCGCGUGGACGGCUCCGCCGUUCGGGUGCUUCCGCGGUGGCGGACAUCUUCCAUGAUGACGAGGGUGCCGAUGACGAGAGGGACUGCUAUUUCCCCGUGGCGGCGAUGCAGGGAGAGGCCGUGGGACUAGGCAGGAUCAAGAGCGUCGCCCGGGCAUCCCGCUUGAUUCAUCGAACAGCGGCGGGCUUGCAGCAGAAGACGCAGCAGCCCACGCCCCAGCUCCAGGUGGUCGGGUCUGGCCUGGAUGCGGCGAGGCAGGCGCACCGGAGAGGCACUUGAAAUCCAGGGGCUUCUGUAUGAUCCACAUCCUCUACUUCCCUGCCUGUUCGUCUCACUCUCCGAAGCGGGAGACGCACGCUUGACUAGUCGAGUACUAGGACACGCAAUAAACAUACAAUUCUAUGCUUGUGCAGCGCCUUGUUCUCCGGACUUGAUGCUUGUGCAGCGCCUUGUUCUUCGAAGCGCGCAGACCAGCUCGACCCGCGCACGGGCUCGGGUGGACGAGGGCGAGGCUGGCGCAGCGGAGGUAAAAGUCCAGGUCUCAGCCCCUCUCCACCGAGUCCCUCCUGUAUCGGCUCACCCGCCGUCCUUUCGGACUCGGCCAGGGUCCUUUCGAUUGUUUGCUGCACACGCUGCUGGUCGCAGGUGGUGGCGCGAGCAUCACCGCGAUACGCGCACCGCGGCUCGCGGCUUGUUUUGGAUAGAGUCUGAAGCGACAAGUGGGGCGACCUGCAACGGGCUGCAAGAGUACCACGGAUGUUGCCCUUGCAUCCUCAUCGCGCAUCCUUACUAUACGGCUUGACUGUACUGCAUCCGCCCUCCCCUCCCUCAUCCCUCCCUCCUUCC